CGGUUCCUGUAAAUUUGGUUAUUUUAUUCUUCUAUUAGGCAAAAGCAGCGUGUGAGCGUGCUCGAGAGAGAGAGCGAGAGGGAGAGAGAGAAACGCCUUCACACAGAGACGCAUCCACCGAUCCAUAGAUCUGUGUGUGUUUCCAUUGAUCUGUGUCUGUGUUGUCGUAUGCAAUAGAAUACCUCAAUGCCUUCACAGAAGCGUUCGUCACCAGAGCAGCACAGCGACGAUGAAGACCAUCGCCACCACCAACGACCCAAGCAAUCUCGACCGCAAGAUGAACACCAACUGCUGCAACAAGAAGAAGAAGAGGAAGAAGAAGAAGUAGCAGUAGAAGAAAAAGAUGAAGACGACGAACACGGUGCCGAUUCUGAUGGCAGCGCAUCUUCUACUUCUCAAGAAACUCCUGAAUUUAUAUUCAUACAACUGCCAGAACUCCGUAAAGAUGUACACUGUCCAAUAUGUCUUGGAGGGGAAUUUCUGAUUGGUUAUUGGAUACUACUACCAAGAAGUCGAGGGAGACAGACAUCUUUUACUCUGUGCAGAAUUAUUAAGAAAACACGAACUGUAAUGGGAUGCCUACACAGGUUUUGCAGGGAAUGUAUCGACAAGUCAAUGCGAAUGGGGUAUAUACUGAACAAUGAGUGUCCUGCUUGUCGCACACACUGUGCAAGUCGGCGUUCAUUGAGAGAUGAUCCAAAGUAUGAUGCCCUAAUAGCAGCUUUAUAUCCUGAUAUUGAGAAGUAUGAGGAGGAGGAAUUGGCUUUCCAUCAGGAGGAGAGGACUCGAAACGAGCAGAUCCAAGCAUCAAUUGCCAAAGUUGUUGAACAACAAUCAGAAGCUCUAAUCAAGAGACGCACAUCUGGAAAAGAUACACCAGAUUCGUUUCCUGUGAGACCGCUGCGCAAUAGUCGGAGUUCUGUUUUAAGGAGACGGAAUUCUCGAGCCACUGAUAUUCAAGGAUAUAAAGACAAUGAGGAUGAUAAUGACAAUGACAAUAAUAACAUGGGCAAAAAUUUAUCUUCCACUGAUGACCGGCAUGAAGUUAGGCCAAGACGGCGAAGAAGACGGGCAGGAUUUCGAUCCUCUCAGCCUACUUCAUCUCUGGCCAAUUCAAGUGGAGGAUGCACUGAAAAUGAUAUAGAAGGGAAACGAGAGAACCACGGAAUUUCACCUGGUGUUGUCUGGAGCUCUGAAAUGCUUGUUUGGGGGCGGGGUGGUGCCCGGAGUCACACACGGCAUGGCAUUGGUAGUGGUUGCAACAGUAAGAAUUCUCGGAGCACUCGCAUAUCGAAGUUGGUUGGUUAUCUCCGGAGCUUAGAGGAAAACAAUAAUGAGUUAGAUGUUCAUCUCUUGCUUAUUCCUAAGGAUACAAGUCGUACACCAAAGUUGCAGCAGCCACACCUUUGCUGUCGGUCGAGUUUGUCAGUGAAGCACCUUUGUGAAUAUGUUUCUCACAAGACGUCUUUGAGGGCUGAAGAAGUUGAAUUAUUGGAAGCGCCUCAGAGUUUCAAUCACAUUUCAGAUGAUGAGGAAUUGGAUUUGGAUUCUGUGAUAGAUCCGGUCAAAAAUGACCUGAAAAUUCUGCAAGAAGAAGAAACUUUGGCAGAGGUUAGAGCCAAAAGCAUUUCCUGCAGGGACUAUUUGAUUAUAGCAUACAGGCGGAAGGAGAUUAGUUAGAGAAUUGUGAACUUGCCAAAAGAAUUCGGACGAGAAAAUUGUUAUAUUGGCCGUUGAUAUCAGAGUUGCUGUAAAUGUGGUUGAAGAUAUAUAUAGAUACCGGGAUGCAUUGAUCCCCAGUUGGGACAUUGUUUCUUGUAUUCUUUGUGUUGUAAAACACUUGUUUGUAUCAAUAGUUUAAUUUUAUGUUAAAGGAAUCUGGACGAGUCCUAUUUACGUUCA